AUGGAAAACGACUUUAAGAGUCAUGAUUACCUGGACGAUAAGCAGAGCGUGGACAGGAGCAACGGGCCAAUUGGAGAAGACAGAAAGACUGAACAACCAAUAGCAGCGCAGGGGGCGGAGUCAGACAUGAUUUACACCAUAGAGGACGUCCCACCGUGGUACCUGUGCAUCCUACUGGGACUACAGCACUACCUGACGUGUUUCAGCGGCACCGUGGCGGUCCCGUUCCUCCUGGCUGAAUCCAUGUGUGUGGGUCGGGACCAGAGCACCAUCAGUCAGCUGAUCGGGACCAUCUUCACCACGGUGGGCAUUACCACCCUGAUCCAGACCACUGUGGGAGUCAGACUACCUUUGUUUCAGGCCUCUGCGUUUGCAUUCCUGAUUCCAGCACAAGCAAUCCUCAGUUUAGACCGCUGGAAGUGUCCCAGUGAGGAGGAGAUUUAUGGGAACUGGACUCUUCCACUCAACACUUCACACAUCUGGCAGCCACGCAUGAGAGAGAUCCAGGGGGCCAUCAUCGUGUCCAGUGCCGUGGAGCUUGUGAUUGGUCUGUGUGGGUUGCCGGGGUUACUGCUGGAGUACAUCGGUCCGCUCACCAUCACCCCCACCGUGUCUCUGAUCGGUCUGUCGGUGUUCACCACGGCCGGAGACCGGGCCGGGACCCACUGGGGGGUCUCUGCACUGUGUAUUUUGCUCAUUGUGCUUUUUGCUCAGUACCUGAGGACGACAUCACUUCCUGUUCCUACUUACAGCAAAAAGAAAGGACUGACCUCCACCAGGAUCCAGAUCUUCAAGAUGUUUCCUAUCAUCCUCGCCAUCAUGCUGGUCUGGUUGGUGUGUUACAUCCUCACGCUGACCGACCUGUUGCCUAGCGACCCCGAACGUUACGGACACAAAGCCCGCACCGACGCUCGCGGUGACAUCAUGACCUCAUCACCCUGGUUCAGGAUCCCCUACCCCUGCCAGUGGGGGUUGCCUGUGGUGACGGUUGCCGGGGUAUUGGGGAUGCUGAGCGCCACCAUGGCCGGCAUCGUGGAGUCGAUUGGUGAUUAUUACGCCUGCGCCCGUCUGUCAGGAGCCGCGCCGCCCCCGGUCCACGCCAUCAACAGAGGAAUCUUCACUGAAGGUUUCUGCUGCAUCAUCGCCGGCCUUUUAGGGACAGGAAACGGCUCCACCUCCUCCAGCCCAAAUAUCGGUGUUCUGGGUAUCACUAAGGUGGGCAGCAGGCGGGUGGUGCAGUACGGAGCCGGCAUCAUGUUCCUGUUGGGAUCCGUCGGGAAGUUCACGGCGCUGUUCGCCUCGCUGCCGGAUCCCAUCCUCGGAGGACUGUUCUGCACCCUGUUCGGUAUGAUCACAGCUGUGGGACUCUCCAACCUUCAGCUCGUCGAUUUGAACUCAUCGAGGAAUCUUUUCGUUCUUGGCUUCUCGAUGUUCUUCGGUCUCACGCUGCCGACGUACCUGGACUCACACCCCCACUCCAUCAGCACAGGUGUUGCAGAGCUGGAUCAGAUCCUGACGGUUCUUCUGUCCACUGAGAUGUUCGUUGGAGGUUUUCUUGCUUUCUGCCUCGACAACACAAUACCAGGGACUCGGCAGGAGCGCGGUCUGGUGGAGUGGAAAUCUUCUUCCUCCUCGUCUUCCUCCUCGUAUGACUUCCCCGUGGGGAUGGGCGUGGUGCGGCGGACCCGCUGGCUGCGGCGGCUUCCCGUCAGCCCCUCCUUCAGGGGCUGGAGGGCUUCUGAGGACCCCCCCCCCCCUGAGGUGGAGGAGGAGGUGCAAGGAAGAGGAGGAGGGGAGGAUGAAGAGGAGGCUGCUGACAUCAGUACCAAGUACAGACGCCAGUGGAACCAGUACAGACACCAGUGGCUCCAGUACAGACACCAGUGGCUCCAGUACAGACGCCAGUGGCUCCAGUACAGAAACCAGUGGAACCAGUACAGACGCCAGUGGCUCCAGUACAGAAACCAGUGGAACCAGUACAGACGCCAGUGGAACCAGUACAGACACCAGUGGCUCCAGUACAGACACCAGUGGCUCCAGUACAGACGCCAGUGGCUCCAGUACAGAAACCAGUGGAACCAGUACAGACGCCAGUGGCUCCAGUACAGACGCCAGUGGCUCCAGUACAGACGCCAGUGGCUCCAGUACAGAAACCAGUGGAACCAGUACAGACACCAGUGGCUCCAGUACAGACACCAGUGGAACCAGUACAGACGCCAGUGGCUCCAGUACAGAAACCAGUGGAACCAGUACACACACCAGUGGAACCAGUACAGACGCCAGUGGAACCAGUACACACACCAGUGGCUCCAGUACAGACGCCAGUGGCUCCAGUACAGACGCCAGUGGAACCAGUACAGACACCAGUGGAACCAGUACAGACACCAGUGGCUCCAGUACAGACACCAGUGGCUCCAGUACAGACACCAGUGGCUCCAGACCUCACCCAUCAGAAUGUGA